AGUUCCCGAUGGAAUGUUUGAGUCUCCACUCUCCUCGCUAUUUGUUUUUAUUGCACUUUUAUAACUGCAGUUUAAUGAAGCUAACUGGUUGCGUUAUCAUAAUUAAUGUUAAGAGUCCUUGUUAACAUCUUCAGUAAAUACCAAAUUGAAAGAUGCCAUUGAUCUCAAUAAUAAAUAAACUUUCUGUUUCAGUUUUCCUUUUCAUUUUAAAUCUACAUAUCAUACACUUCAUUUUCAGCUAUAUUCAUUCUCCUCAUGGCUCAACCGAUCCGAAACUCUAUCAGAAUACUUGAUAUCUCCAAUGUUACUCCCUUUCUCUCUGACUCGCCUGACUCGGUCACCGAGUUCUCUCUCCCACUCACCUUCCUCGACACCUUCUCAUUCAAAUUCCCACCUAUAGAGUGCCUCUUCUUUUACUCCAUUAAAACCUCAGACCCAUCUCUAAUGGCUUCCACACUCUCCAAUCUCAGGCACUCCCUUUCACUCACUCUCCAAUACUUCCUCCCUCUUGCCGGGAAACUCACUUGGCCACCAACUUCUCCAAAACCCUCCAUUCUUUACAAACCCGGCGACUCUGUUUCGUUCACCCUCGCUGAGUUUACUGUGGCUUUCCACCAUUUCACAAGAAAACAUAUCCAUGGAGCUGCAGAGUCACGUCCCCUCAUUCCUAACUUGGUUAUAAACGACGUGUCGUCUUCCAUAAUGGCUCUGCAAAUCACUCUGUUUCCCAACAUUGGGCUCUGCAUCGGGGCCACCUUCCACCAUGCUGUUCUCGAUGGGAAAUCAUCGGCCAUGUUCAUGAAAUCUUGGGCUUACAUAUCUAAAACCAAUACACCAUUGUCACCGGAACUUACCCCUUUUUACGACCGGACCACCAUUAAAGACCCGGACGAUCUAUACACUACGUAUUUAAACCGAUGGUUAGCCAACACGGCCUCUGUUAAGGAACCAGAGGCCCCGUCCGAUUGGGUUCGAGCAACUUUCGAACUGAAACGUGGGGAAAUAAACAAUCUCCGGAGAUGGGUUUCGAUGCAAUGGGAAGAAGGAAAUAAAUCAGCUCGAAAUCUCAAUGCCUCUCCUCUUCGAUUGACCUCAUUUGUCCUGGCCUCUGCUUACGUUUUGACCACCAUGGUCAAAGCCACAGAAGGUGAAACCAACAGGAAGGUUUACUUCAUCGUCACGGCCAAUUACCGACGACGUUUAGAUCCACCGUUGCCAGAAAACUACUUCGGGAACUGUGUUGGGAGUCAUCUCGGGUACGCGGGUGAGGCCGGGGAGAUAUCAAAGGAAAACGGCUCUGCCAUUGUUGCGGGAAAGAUUAGUGAGGUGAUAAACGAGUUUGAGAAGAAAGGAGUAAUGGAAGGAGCAAAGGAGAGGAUUAAGAGUUGGGGUGUACUGGGAACGGAGUCGCAAAUGGUUGCCAUAACUUGGUCACCUCAAUUCGAUAUUUACAACUGUGAUUUUAGUUGGGGCAAGCCUCAAAAGAUCGAAAUAUCAUCUGUUCAUAGAAAAACAAUUUCCUUGAUGGAGUCCAAAGAUGGAAGUGGAGGUUUAGAGAUCGGUUUGGUUUUGAAGAAGCAUGAAAUGGAUCGUUUUGAUAAUCUCUUCGGGACCAAUAUUGAAACUCUGUAAAAGCAGCAGAAGCUACUUGUUUAACUUCUGUAUUAACAAAGUAUAGUUCUAUAUAUAAAUAAGGGUAAAUUGCGGUAUAAAUACGUAUUGUUUUAUAUUUUACACAUUUAAAUGUCUAAUGUUUAUUUUUGGAAGUAAAACUACCAAAUAUUACAAUUCUGUUACACCGUUACUACUAUUAAUGUUGACUCAUAAAUAUAGACACGUGAAGGGUUCAAAUGCAUUUCAUUUAUUUUUAUUUUAUUUAAAAACUUACUUUUUUUAUAUCAAAAU